ACUUGUUUUCCUACGCUAUGUGAUAUCUUCGCGCGUUAAAUUACAUCGUAAUUUAUGAUCCUGGAAUUGAAUACUUCACACAGGAUAUGGUGUAUCUUCAAAGAGAAGCAUCUUCUCUUGAAAUAUGUUUCCCAGUGGAAAAGGAAUGGAUAUUUGUAUGAAUUCAGUGUAUGCCUCCAUCCCUGGAUUACCGGAACUAGGGAUGGUAUGGAUGGGAGAUAUGAUGGUACAUGGAGAACCUACUCAUGAACUUAUGUUGGAUCCUCGUCAAGCGGAAAGUCCAUUUUUCUCUCAUGGUUCGAAUCCAUAUGAAGAUAUUAGGAACCAUCAAAUAGCACCUACAACUAUGGUGCGGUAUCUACCACCUCAAUAUCCUAACGAGUGUUCAGAACCUGAUGAAGCUAUGGAAGCUGCUGAUGCCCAAGAAAUAAGAGAGUAUGAUUCACAAUCUGAAAGGCCAGAAAUGACAGAGUAUUUAACAUUAGAAGAUUACAUGGGUGACGAAGAAAGGGAGCAAGUUGUAAACAAUGCAGCAACACAAACUACUCAGGACAAUCGCAAUAGGAAAAUAAAACCUAUAAAACAUCCUGGACUUGUUUUAAAGACACCAAUCGCGUAUCAGCCACAUACAGAUUUAAACUUUAUUCCCAUUCGUAAGGAUGGUAUAGCUGUUUGUGAAAAAUGUGGUGCUAUUGGAGUGAAACAUGCAUUUUACACAAAGGAACGCAGAUUUUGUAGUAGAGCGUGUGCGCGAUCUUCGGAACAUACCGCCCCUACUGCAGACUCUACAUACAGUCCAUCUCAUUCUGUAGAAACACUUCCAUCUGUUAAUCCAACUUCUCCAAAUGAAUCGAAAGUCUUAGUGAAAGAAGAAACGGAUAUAAAAAAGGAACCUGCUGAAUCAGAAAAAGAAAAAGAAAAAGUUAUAUCCGAACCAGUGAUGCCAGAGGACCUACCUGUAAGAAGAAAGAGAACAGCUGAAAUGGCGGGUUCUUAUGAUUGGACUCCACAGCUAGUGGAACCUGGAUUUUGUGCUGCCCCAGUGUCUUGCUUCAAACACGCACCUAUAUCGGAAAUAUGGGAUAAUAUAACAGUUGGUAUGAAAGUUGAAGUAGAGAAUACGGAUUGCGACGAAGUAUGCGAAGCUUUUCCAGAUUCUUUUUGGGUUGCCACCGUGUUACGCAUAUCCGGGUAUAGAGCUUUAUUGAGGUACGAAGGUUUCGGACUUAACGCCGAUAAAGAUUUUUGGGUAUCUCUGUGCUCCAAUGAUAUACACCCUGUAGGCUGGUGUGCAACUAUUGGUAAACCACUCAUUCCACCUAACACUAUCGCUAACAAAUACAAAGACUGGAAGGAUUUUUUAAUGAGACGAUUAACAGGUGCAAGGACACUGCCAACUAAUUUUUAUAAUAAAGUUAACGAUAGUAUGAAGUCCCGUUUCAGAUGUGGACUUCAUUUGGAAGUAGUAGAUAAAAAUAGAAUCUCGCAAGUAAAAGUAGCAACGAUACAAAAAAUUGUUGGCAAACGUUUACAUGUAAGAUACUAUGACUCGCCGCCCGAAGACAAUGGUUUUUGGUGUCACGAAGAUUCCCCUCUUAUACAUCCUGUUGGUUGGGCCAAGAGGGUAGGCCAGACGUUGGAUGCAUAUCCCGAAUAUUUGGAACGCGUGUCGAAAUCAAAAUUAUGCGAAGAUGAUUCAACAGAAGAUCUUUUUUAUGUGCCAAAGAACCAUCACUUGCACCUUGGUUACACAUUUCGAGAAGGAAUGAAGAUAGAAGCCAUUGAUCCACUUAAUCUUUCUGCUAUAUGCGCGGCAACGGUUAUGCAAGUUUUGAAAGAGGAUUACAUAAUGAUUCGUAUAGAUAGUUAUGAUGAGGAUGCAAGUGGUGCUGAUUGGUUUUGCUAUCAUUCGUGUUCACCUUGUAUUUUUCCAAUCGGAUUUUGUUCUCAACACGGUUUACCGCUUACGCCGCCAAAAGGAUACGAUCCUACUACAUUUACAUGGGACACAUAUUUAAUGGAGACAAAUACUAUACCUGCACCUGUGCAAUUGUUUAACAGGGAGAUUCCUCAGCAUGGGUUUAUCGAAGGAAUGAGGCUUGAAGCUGCAGAUUUAAUGGAUCCUAGAUUAGUUUGUGUUGCUACUAUUACCAGGGUGAUUGGGAGGUUAUUGAGAGUACACUUUGAUGGCUGGGAAGAUGAAUACGAUCAGUGGUUAGAUUGUCAGAGUCCAGAUAUUUAUCCAGUUGGGUGGUGUGAUUUGGUUGAUCACAAAUUAGAAGGGCCCCGUGUACUCAAUAAAAACACUAGUCCUACUGUAAAAUCACCAAGAGGCCUUAAACGUAAAGCUAAGAGAAAACUGAAGAAAAGCAGCAAAGUAUCUUGCGCGAAAAACAUUCUACCUCGGCACAGUGAACGUAUUAGCAUGGCUCGUGAGCGUGAACGAGAAGUAGAGCCUGCUCAAGGGAUAAAAAUUGAGAGAGAACGCGACGUGGAAAGUUUGCCGGAACAAAGAAAUAGGGAACCAGAACCAGCAGAAGAGCCAGCUGGACCUGAUCAAACUUUACCUAGUCCUACUACAGGUCAAGGUCAAGCGUUAAAUGAUACUCAAAGUGAAAUUCAAAGCCCUCCACCGCCGAAAGAAAGAACUGCGACAUCGUAUAUUAAUGUGACGUCAGCCACUAAUAAAUACAUCCCAAGGCUAGCAGAUGGUGUACAAAAAAGUUCGGAAUCUGGUGAUUUAGUGCCAUCUGAAUGGAAUGUGUUUGAUGUUGCACAAUUUCUUCGUGUUAAUGAUUGUGCAACGUAUUGCGAUAAUUUUAGUAAACGUAAAAUAGACGGAAAAACUUUGUUGACACUCACUAAGGACCAAAUAAUAGACCUGACAGGUUUUAAAGUUGGGCCUUCUUUAAAAAUAUACGAUCUUAUUCAACAAUUGAAAAUCAAAGUGAAUCCAGCUCAGGAAAGGUUGAAAUUAGGAUUGAAAAAGUUAUUAUAACAGAGCUAGUAUGUAGUUAAUAACGUGAAUAAGUUCCAUCAUUUCAUAAAAAUAAACAUGGAUUUACAGGUAAGGUAUGCAAAUUCAAGUAAUUAAAAAUUUAUAUUUGGAAUAGUUCACAUUUGUUGUCGGUUAUAUGCUUUGUUCGUAUACUAAUGCAUACACAUAUCUAUAUGUAUAUGUAUACAUAUAUAGAUACAUAUAAAAAAAAUGAUCAAGAUUAAAAUUUUGAGAUCCAAAUUAAUUUUUAAAUCACAGAUUUUCUCUAACAUUAACAAUUCAAAAGGAAACAAAUCAAAAUUGAUUCCACAGUAUUAUUUAUGUUUAAAUAUAACAAUCAAGAAUAUUAAUAGAUCUUUAUAUAGACAGCUAUUAUUUGUAAAUCCAUGCUUUCAUGUUGCACUAAAUUGUUUGCAGAUGCAUGAACCACACUUAAAUAAUUACUCAUUGUAUAUUAAACAAUUUUUUUUAAGAAACAAAAAUUAAAAACGUAAUUUAAAGAAAAAAUGUUAGCGGAGUAAAUUAACAAAGAUGUAUUAAAAUAGAAAGUAAAAAUAUAGUAAAAUGAAUAAUAAAGUACAAACUAAUCCUUGGGCAUCAAUUCAUCACAGCUCUAAUCACAUUUGCCUUAAUGAUACAAUUCGCGUUAAUAAAAUAGUUUUACGUAUUUUAAUAAAUUUGUUAAUUUACUCUCUAUCAUAAUCAACAAGUACACAUUUGUACAUAAUUAAAGAGAACGAAACGGUCAACUUUUAACCUUGUAAAUAUAGCAUUUAGCACAAUAUUAGGUUUAGCUAAUUUUUUUGAAAGAAUGAAGUGAACAUAACCACACUGUACAAGAAAGGUAACUGUUAGCAAGUGGUUGAUGCAUUUGUAUCUCAGAAAUUGUAUCCAUGUCUAGCUUUAUAAUCAUUACAGUAAAUCAAACAAGUCGAGACUCAUCUUUGUCUUAGACUCAUUAAAUACUA